AUGCUUUUUAUUACUAUACUAAUUCUUAUUCUUGUUAAUGCUCAACAAGUGAGUGAAGCAGAAUUUGAUAAAGAACCUAUUUGUGGAGAUGGAAUUUGGGAUUCUUUUACUGAACAAUGUGAUGGAAGUAAUGGAUGUGGAAAAGAUUGUGUUUGUAAAAAAGGAUAUACACCAGACAAGAAAGGAAAUUGUAUUAUGUCAUGUAUGUUUGGUAAAAAUUGUAUCAAUGGAUGUACUAAACCUGAUGUUUGUAUGUUAUGUGAUGAGAAAAAUGGAUAUACAAGAGAUUGUACAGGAUGUCAGCCAGGAUAUAUGUGGUUUGGAGAAGGAAAUUGUUCCAUUUAUGAUGCUUCAAAUAUUCAAGGAUGUAGAAAAUUUAUUGAUGAAUCAAAUAAUUUAACAACUGAACUUGGACUUUCUGAAAAUCCAUUUAUUAUUAAUUUGGAUCAAAAAAGAGUAGAUAAUAAACCACUUUCUUAUAAAGUAAUUAUUCCUGAAUUACCUGUUGAAAGAAGAAAACUUCAAUUGACUCUUUGUUCAAGAUUUGUUGAUCCAACACGUCCAUAUACUUAUGGAGUAUGGGUUCAAUUAAAUAGUGAUAAAGGAGCAAAAGUCAAUAUUGAAAUCAACAAAAGAUAUACAGUAGAUGAUAUAAAUCUUGCAGAUGCUCAACAAACAAAAAUUGGAACUGAACUUGUUCUUGCAACAACUGAAAAAUGUUUACCAUCUUUCUCAGAAAAAGAAAGUAGAGAAUGUCUUUAUAGAAAUGGAGGAAUUUCAGAAUAUAUUCGUAAUCCUCGUUUAACAGCUAUUAUUAAUCCAAAAGUACCAUAUUAUGUUUUUAUUCAUUCUCGAUAUGCUUCAAUGACUAUUCCUUCUUUUACUCUUUAUAUUUCUGAUACUCAUCAUAGUUGUUCAAGUACUUCUUUUACUAUUUCUUGGAAUUCUAUAAUAAGUCCAAAUGGUUUUAGAGGUUCUUAUAACUUAGAAAAUGCCGUUAUUUCAAGAAAUAUUUGUAAUCCUUCGACAAAUAAAGGAUUUUGGUUUAUGAUUGAAGGAAGUGAUCAAAUAAUAGAUAUUUCUACUUGUGACUCUGGUGCUUUUGAUGUUACACUUGAUUUUAUUGAAGCAAAAUUAAGUGAUUAUGGAUUAGUUGAAGGAUCUCUUGAUAAUAUUUCUAUUGAUUGUAAUUCUGCACCAACAAAAUGUCUUGCAACAAGAACAUAUGGUUGUGGUGAAAAUUCUCGUCUUGCUAGACUCAUUCAAAAACUUGAUCAUGAACAUCUUUAUUUCUUAUAUCUUGAAAUAAAUGAAGAAUAUGCCGCAACAAUUAAUUUAACAAUUAAAACAACUUGUCCACAUGAUUGUGGUGAACAUGGUAUUUGUUCAACUAGUUCUGGACAAUGUGAAUGUAUUGAUGGAUAUAUUUUAAAUGAUAGAGUAUGUACAUUAUGUGGAAAUGGUAAAUUAGAUAAAGAUGAAGAAUGUGACCCUUCUGUUGAAGGAUAUAAUGAUAGUCGAUGUACUGAUGCAUGUGCAUGUCGAUAUGGAACACAACCAAUGGAAAUUGAUGGUGUAGUAAAGUGUGCAGUUCCAACAUGUGGUAAUGGACAAGUUGAUGAUUUUGAAGAAUGUGAUGGAGGAUAUGGAUGUGAUCAUUGUGUUUGUGUUAAUGGAACAAAAAAAUAUGCAAAAGCUAGAGCUGGUUGUAUUCUUGCUACAUGUGGAAAUAGAAAAUGGGAUGAAGGAGAAGAAUGUGAUGGAGGAGAUGGAUGUAUUGAAUGUGAAUGUCAACCUGAUUGGUAUACACAAGAUAAAGCACAUUGUAAGAAUGUAUCAAAAUCACUUACUAAUUUCUUUUUUUGGGGAAUAGGAAGUAUAGUUUAUGUUCUUUAUUAUAUCUUUACUUUAAUACUCUUCUUACUUUUGUAUAUUAGAUUAACUAGAAAAAUUAAACAAGAAAUUGAUGAUGAAAAACUUAUUAUCUUUGAGAAUACAAUCAUUCCAUUUGAUAAAACAAAUUCACAAUAUAUUGAUUUAAAACAAGAAAAUCCUUAUUUCUCUUUCUCAACUAAUACAAUUGAUUUUGGUGAUAUAAGACCUGAAAUUGAUGAACCAAUAGACUAUCCUCUAACUUUAACAAACAAUUGGAAAUAUCCAAUGCAUUUCACAUUCCAUUCUGGUGAUUAUACAAAAUAUGAAAUUAUGUGUAAACCAUUCACUGGAACAAUUAGACCAAAGGAGAGUGUUGAUCUUUCAAUUUCAUUUAUGGCAAAAUGUACUGCAUUAUUAAAUGAAAAAGUUCCUAUUACAAUACGUUAUGGUCAACUUCAAAAUGUAUUAAAAGAUAUUAAAAAAGAAAAUCCUGAAUUAAUUGCACAUUGUUCACAAUCAAGUCAAAAUAGUGAAAGUGAAGGAAAGUCCCAAACUUCAGGAACAAAUGGUUCAAAUUCAAUCAAAAAAUCUCAUAUUUCAAAAUCAACUCCAUCAGGAAGUGGUAAAUCAGGAUCAUCUCAUGAAUCGGAUUCAAAGAAAAAAGGAAAAUCUAAAGUAUCUAAAUUCCAUGUUUAUUUAAAUCUUCAAGUUGAAUCUGCUCUUUCUACUAAAUUAGAUUAUGAAGAAAUUCAUUUACAACAUCCACCUAUUGGUGGUGGUACAUUUGGUAUUGUUUAUCGUGCUGAAUGGAGAGGAGUUGAUGUUGCAGUUAAAGUAAUGAAAACUGAUUUAGUUGGUCUUGGAGAGCUUUUACCUAAUUUCAUGCAAGAAGCAGAAAUGAUGGAACGUAUUCGUUGUCCAUAUAUUGUAAAUUUCAUUGGAAGUGUAGUAACUGCUGAUACAUUAUGUCUUGUAACCGAAUUUUGUCCAUUAGGAUCAUUAAGAAAAUUCAUGAAAACAAAUCCAAUGAGUGAUUUAUUAAAAGUUAGAUUUUGUCAAGAUAUAGCACGUGGUAUGGAAUAUUUACAUCAAAAUGAUAUUCUUCAUCGUGAUUUAAAAACUGAUAAUGUUUUGGUUUAUUCUAAAAAUCCACAUGAUCCUAUUACUGCUAAAGUUACUGAUUUUGGUACUUCUCGUUCAUUUAUUGAAUCAUCAAAUACUAUUGCUUUACAAAAUAUUGGUACACCUGUAUAUAUGGCACCAGAAAUUAGUAGAAAAGAUCAAAUGACAUUAAAAUCAGAUGUAUAUUCAUUUGCUAUUUGUAUGUUAGAAAUUUGGUUAGGAAGAGAUCCAUAUGAUCCAAUGAAAUUCCCUGAUUCAGAAUCAAUAUUAAGAUUUGUAGGUGCUGGAAAACGACUUCAUGUUAGUACUGACUGUAUUCUGAAAGGUAUUAUUGAAAAAGCAUGGAAUCACAAACCAUCAGAUAGACCUACUUUCAAAGAAUUAGGAACAGAAUUAGAAGCUAUUUACAAAAAGACUUCUGAUAAAUCAAAAUCAGAUUCUCAUAAUAAAAAUCAUUCUGAAUCAACAAAAACUAACACAAAAUCUAAAGAUAUUUCUUCAUCGGAAAUAAAAUUAACAACAAAUACUACUACAAAUACAGUUGAAGAUCAAGGAGAGAGUAUUGAAGCUUCUGCUUCAUCUCAAAUGGUAGACAAUAAUUAA